GGAGGUUUGUUGUUAUUUACCGCAGGCCGGUCGCGCGUCUCCGCGCUGCGGGGGAGCUGCUCCGCGGCCAUGUUGCCUCGCCGAUGCGCGCUGCCGGCUGGGUGGGGAGAGGAGAGCCUCCUCCUCAGCCUCCUCCAGCAGACAUCUUCUCAACAAGUCCUCCUCCAGACGCACGUGACCCCCACGGAUCCGGGGUGAAAGCCGCGUGCGUGUGCGUGCGCGUGUGCGCGUGCGUGCGUGCGCGGGUACGGUGUGUUGUUUACUGGUGUUGUUGUGGUUUCAAAUCCGCUGAAACGUGUUUCUUUUUGUUACGCUUAAUUGUUAAUGAGGCGCCAGUGCGACGCCACCUGCCGGCGGAAUGCGGGGAAAGAAAAACACUCUCGCCGUGAGGUGCGUUCAGGUGGAGGAGGAAGAACUCGUACAUCUCCACACUGUGAAGAUAAUCCUGCGUUGAUCGUGGGUCCCUACAGUGAAGAACGAGUAAGCGGCUCGUAGGGGCGGAGCUCCGGAGGAGGGACUUGAAGGCCACGUGACGUCAUAUCCCUGCGACGCACGUGUGCGCGGAGAGAGUCGCGGAGAUGGCUGCAGAAAGGCUUCAGUUCCAUGAGAUGGGCUUAGACGACCGGCUUCUAAAGGCGGUUGCAGACCUGGGCUGGUCCCAGCCGACCCUCAUCCAGGAGAAGGCCAUCCCUUUGGCGCUGGAGGGGAAAGACCUGCUGGCGCGAGCUCGCACCGGAUCGGGGAAGACCGCCGCCUACGCCGUCCCGGUCAUCCAGCGCAUCCUGGCCUCCAAACAGAGCGUCCGCGAGCAGGACGUGCGAGCCCUGAUCCUGGUUCCCACCAAAGAGCUGGGUCAGCAGGUCCAGGCCAUGAUCCGGCAGCUGGCGGCCUUCUGCUCCAGGGACGUCCGAGUGGCCGACGUCACCGGGAAAACGGACCUGUCCGCUCAGAGGCCCGUCUUAAUGGAGAAGCCCGACGUGGUCGUGGGGACGCCGUCCCGCGUGCUCGCCCACCUCGCCGCGCAGAACCUGGUGCUCCAUUCGUCCCUGGAGAUGCUGGUGGUCGACGAGGCCGACCUGCUCUUCUCCUUCGGCUUCGAGGCCGACCUGAAGAGCUUGUUGUGCCACUUGCCGAAGAUCUACCAGUCGUUCCUGAUGUCGGCGACCUUCACCGAGGACGUUCAGGCCCUGAAGGAGCUGCUGCUGCACAACCCCGUGGUCCUGAAGCUCCAGGGCUCUCAGCUCCCCGACAGCAGCCAGCUGCAGCAGUACAGCAUCAAGUGUGAGGAGGAGGACAAGUUCCUGCUGGUCUACACGCUGCUGAAGCUGCGUCUGGUCCAGGGGAAGACGCUGGUCUUCGUGGGCACGGUGGACCGGAGCUACAGACUCAAACUCUUCAUGGAGCAGUUCGGUAUUCCCGCCUGCGUGCUGAACUCGGAGCUGCCCGUCCAGUCCAGGUGUCACAUCAUCACGCAGUUCAACCAGGGCUUCUACGACUACAUCAUCGCCACAGACGAGCAGAGUCUGGCGAACCCGGCCGCCGCGCCGCCGGCCGGCAAAGGGAAGAAGAAGAGGAGCUCGGAGAGAGCAGGAAAGUCAAAGGACAAAGAGUUCGGGGUCUCCAGAGGGGUCGACUUCCAAAACGUCGCCAACGUCCUCAACUUUGAUUUCCCCUUGACGGUGGAGUCGUACAUCCACCGGGUGGGGAGGACGGCGAGGGCGGACCACCCCGGCACGGCGCUGUCCCUGGUCCUCCCACACCGGAGCUGGCGCCUGGCCGAGGUGGAGGAGGCGCUGGCGGGAGAUAAUGCCGACUCUGUUCUCAAACCGUACACGUUCAGGAUGGAGGAGAUCGAAGGCUUCAGGUACAGGUGCAGGGACGCCAUGCGCUCCGUGACGAAGCAGGCGGUGAGGGAGGCCCGGCUGAAGGAGAUCAAGCAGGAGCUCCUCAACUCGGAGAAACUCAAGACGUAUUUCGAGGACAACCCCAGAGACCUUCAGCUGCUCCGACACGACAAAGACCUCCACCCUGCCGUCAUCAAACCCCACCUGAGGAACGUCCCCGAGUACCUCGUUCCUGAGACGCUGAAGGGCUGCGUGAACCCGCUGUCCGCCCGCAGGAGGAGGAAGACGGCGCUCCGAUCGAAGCCGGCCGGAGUCGUGAGGAGCAGCUUCAAGAAGAACCUCGGUGGGAAGAACCCUCUGAAGAGCUUCCAGUACAGCGGGGCGAGGAGCAGCCGGUCGUAGCCACGGAAACCGGCGAGCGCCGAAGCCUUCGCCAGGAGGACUCGUGAGGAGUUCAGUAUCUGUUCUUAUUUCUGAUGAAUGUGUUGUGGAAACAUUGAGGAUGUUGUUAAAAUAAAGUGAUUUCUUCUUA